UACCCCAGAGCAGCAGUGCCACUGGGCCAGUCCCCCACGGGGCAGCAGUGCCACUAGGCCAGUCCCCCACGGGGCAGCAGUGCCACUUGGCCAGACCUACCCACGGGGCAGCAGUGCCACUGGCCAGUCCCCCACGGGGCAGCAGUGCCACUAGGCCAGUCCCCCACGGGGCAGCAGUGCCACUUGGCCAGACCUACCCACGGGGCAGCAGUGCCACUGGGCCAGUCCCCCACGGGGCAGCAGUGCCACUAGGCCAGUCCCCCACGGGGCAGCAGUGCCACUGGGCCAGACCUACCCACGGGGCAGCAGUGCCACUAGGCCAGUCCCCCACGGGCAGCAGUGCCACUAGGCCAGUCCCCCACGGGGCAGCAGUGCCACUGGGCCAGUCCCCCACGGGGCAGCAGUGCCACUGGGCCAGUCCCCCACGGGGCAGCAGUGCCACUGGGCCAGACCUACCCACGGGGCAGCAGUGCCACUGGGCCAGACCUACCCACGGGGCAGCAGUGCCACUGGGCCAGUCCCCCACGGGGCAGCAGUGCCACUGGGCCAGUCCCCCACGGGGCAGCAGUGCCACUGGGCCAGUCCCCCACGGGGCAGCAGUGCCACUGGGCCAGACCUACCCACGGGGCAGCAGUGCCACUGGGCCAGACCUACCCACGGGGCAGCAGUGCCACUGGGCCAGUCCCCCACGGGGCAGCAGUGCCACUGGGCCAGACCUACCCACGGGGCAGCAGUGCCACUGGGCCAGACCUACCCACAGUGCCAAGAGCGCCCCCUGCCCCCCAAACAUUUCCUAUGCCAGCCGCUGUGUAAAUUCAUUGACAAUUGCCGCGCCUUGCUGCCACACAUUCCAACUCCUCCCGACAGGAAUUCAUAAACUGACUUCAGACAUUCUGAAUGCCUCGGUGGAAGCGGGAAAUGUGGGG